AUGUCUUUCCUCCUCCGCACUUCGACCCUCGUUCGCCAGAGGCUCUUCACCACCUCGGCACGUGCUCGCACUGCCAUUUCCCUCGAGGAUGCCACAGCAGCACACAUGGCAGCCGCCCCAGGCGCCAGCGUUGUCCCCAAGCUCGGAAGGGUCGCCAGAUGGUACCUCCCUACCAUGGCCAUGGUAGCCAUCGGUAUGAUCUAUCUCCCCAGAGAUGCAUCAUCGUCGCAGCCUCGCCGGCCACUUUCGCUUGGUGAUGCUAAUGCUACCAUAGGUUUUGGUGUUACAAAUGCCCUCAAUGAUGCCAACCGCAAGGUCCACUCUGCACUAGAGCUGACCCAGGAGCAAAAGAACCAGAUGCUCAUGGAUGCCUAUGGCGAGCGCUCUAGCCUGCAAGACAUGGAGCGCGCCAUUGCCGGUCUAGAAGCCAGGCUCACUACUCGCAAGGACAGGAACAAGAUGCUCGAGGAGGCCUAUGGUGACAAGACCAGCAUCGAGGAUCUCCAGCGCGCCAUGGAAAUUUACGAGGUGCAAUGA